AUGGUGCAUGUUGGAAGCCAAAGCUUGUUACGUCGGCUCAUGAAGCUCAAAGAUCGCCAUCGGAUUGCCAUACAGAUCCGUGAUCUCAAAACAAGAGUUGAAGAAGUAAGCAUCAGGAACACACGCUACAACUUGAUCAAGGCGGCGGCCUCCAACACCAUUGGUGACAUGGAUUCUCACAUGGAAGAUGUCCGCAAUCACUCGGCUAGCAACAUCGAUGAAGCAGAACUUGUUGGCUUUUCUAAGCCGAAGAAGGAGUUAAUUAAGUUGAUGGAUGUCAAGACUGAAGAUGGUACAGCCAAGGUGGUAUUUGUUGUUGGCAUGGGUGGUUUAGGAAAGACUACUCUUGCCAGGAAGGCAUUUGAAAGUAAGGAAGAUAUUGUGAAUAAGUUUUCUUGUCGGGCUUGGAUCACAGUCUCGCAGACAUUUUCCAAGAUAGAGAUGCUCAAGGAUAUGAUCAUGCAACUUUUUGGAAAUGAAGAACUGAAGAAGCGUUUGAAGGAACUUGAGGGGAAGACGGUGCAAGUAGAUGAUCUCGCCAGCUACCUUAGGGAAAUGCUACAGGAGAAGAGGUACUUUAUUGUUCUUGAUGACUUGUGGACCACUGAUGCAUGGGGGUGGAUCAAAGAUAUUGCUUUUCCAGCUACUAACAUCAAAGGUAGCCGGAUAAUAGUAACAACACGAGAUAUUGGCCUAGCUCAGCAGUGUACUUCCAAAUCGCUUAUUUACCACCUUAAACACCUACAGAUAGAUCAAGCCACAAAUUUGCUACUGAAAAAGAUUGGGAAAACACACACAGAAACAGAAAGUGAUGAAAGGAUGCGGAAUGUGAUCUCCAAAAUAGUUAAUAAGUGUGGUGGUUUACCAUUGGCUAUACUAACCAUAGGAGGUUUGCUUGCUACCAAAGUGGUAGAAAUGUGGGAGAGUAUUUAUGACCAGAUUCCCUCGGAGCUUGAGACUAACCCAAGCCUUGAAGCAAUGAGGAGGAUGGUCACUCUUAGUUUCAACCACUUGCCAUCUCAUCUUAAAUCAUGCUUCCUAUACUUAAGCAUCUUUCCGGAGGAUUUUGAAAUCAGGAGAAGACGUUUGGUUGAUAGAUGGAUAUCAGAGGGGUUUGUGAGAGCUAGUGGUGGAGUUAAUGUUGAGGAUGUUGGAAUAGGUUAUUUCAAUGAGCUAAUCAACCGAAACAUGAUUCAACCAUCAAAAGUGAACAUAGAAGGAGUUGUUAAGAGCUGCCGGGUCCAUGAUAUCAUGCGUGAUGUAAUGGUCUCAAUUUCUCGAGAUGAAAACUUUGUGCACCUGGUGGGAGAUAGUGAAUCCAGUAUAAUAGAGGGGAAUUUCCGUCAUGUAGCAUACCAUGGUAGCAAGGGCCAAAAUAUUGGCAUGGAUUGGAGCCAUGUUCGGUCAUUAACAAUGUUUGGUGAGAGACCCACGGAGUCAUCACCUUCAGUUUGUUCAAGCAACAUGAGGAUGCUUAGAGCCUUGGAUCUGAAGAAUACACAGUUUAAAAUUAGACAAAAAGAUAUAAACAACAUUGGGUUGGUGUACCAUUUGAAAUAUGUGAGCUUUCCUGGAGAUACAUAUAUAUAUGCACUUCCAAAGUCUAUUCGGAGAUUACGAGGUUUGCAAAACUUGGAUAUUAGAAAUAGUUAUAUCACAGCACUGCCAAUUGGGAUCUGUGAACUUCAUAGUCUCCGCAGCCUUCGUUGUAGCAAAAGAUCAGAGUCCAUCUAUUUUAGUCCAAAUUACCCCAUGGAUUGUUUGAUGGAGACACUGCGCCUGCCCAUGCUAUGCACACCUUUAGUUGAUCUCGACGAGCAUGCUCACCUAGUUGCUGAGCUACAUAUGGGGAUAUCUAGUCGGUGGUUCAGGAGAGAAGGUGUGAGGAUUCCAAGAAGGAUCGGCAACUUAAAGGAGCUGCAGAUACUAGAGGUGGUGGACAUCAAACAAACCAGCAAGAAAGCAGUUAAAGAGUUGGGGGAGCUUAUUCAGCUAAGAAAACUGAGCAUGGUAGGUAAAGGAAGGUUUGCCGAGCAAAAACGCAAGAUACUGUAUCUCUGUGCCGCCAUAGAGAAGCUCUCUUCCCUGCGCUCCCUUAGUCUGGAUUUUGGCUAUGAUUUUGACUAUAGUGUUGGAUCACUCGAGUGGUUGCAUAAUGUUUCCUCCCCUCCUCCCCUGCUAAAUAAGUUGAAGUUGGUCGGACAACUUGGAGGGAAGAUGCCCGAGUGGGUUGGAAGUCUGAAGCAUUUGGUGAAGAUUCAUUUGGAGUGGAGCAGACUAAAUGAAGAUCAAAUAACGGAAAUGCUAGGGGAGCUGCCCAAGCUCAUGCUCCUCAGUCUGCGCACAUUUGCUUAUUUUGGGAAGAAGUUAGUGUUCAGAGCGAGGUCAUUUCUCAAUCUGAGGAAACUCUCCAUUCAGCAGCUUGGUAAACUGAGGGAGGUGAGAUUCGAGAAUGGCGCCUCGCCACAGAUGGAACUGCUAGAAUUCAGUGUUUGCGAUUUGGAAUCAGGGAUUAUUGGUAUCAUUCACCUUCCAGUGCUCGAGCAGAUUUCACUUGGUUACGAGGGCAAAGUGGCCAACCUUGAUAUUCUGCAAGGUGAAGUGGACGCACACCCCAACCAUCCCGUGCUGCAACUCAACAAAGACCGCAGCGAGCAUGACUUGGGGGAUGUUAUCCAAGGAUCCAAUGUUGCAGAAACAGAGGAUGAAGACGAACCAUCCUCGCUCCUUGAGACUUGUACGGCGGGGGAGAGCUCACAACCAGAAGUGGUGGUCAUGCCGACGAGGAAUGUCAUCAGGUCUGCUAAUUAA